UCUGGAGGGCAGACGUCAGCCUUCCUGAGAUUCAGAGGCAGCAGCAGAACAUAGCGGCUCCACUAGAGAUGAGAUGUGGUCUAAGGGACGAUAUGACUAUAAACGUCUUCCAAGAGAACGAUCUCCCUCUUGGAGCCCUGUCAGUGAUGGCUACCAUAGAGUAGCUAAUGAUGUGCCAAAGAGACCACCUCUGCGAGACAAGAGAGCGCCUAGCCCACCUGUGCUAGACAUGAGACCACCUAAGCUAGCCAGACAUGAUGAAGAAGGCUACAGUCGUGUUGAUUAUGGAGAAUGUGACAAGGGCCACCGUUUUUCUCAUGAUCCAAGAAGGGGCUCACCUCACAAAGGAGAUGAUUCUGGUUACAGACGGUCAAGAGGUCAUCAUUUUACAAGGCAAAAGUCUGAAUACAGGAACAUGAGAGAUGCCUUUAGAAGGAAAAGUUUCUACUCUUCCCAAUAUUCAAGAGAUCGGUCUCCCCAUAAAAGGGAUGCUUCUUUCUUCAGAGAGUCACCUGUAGGCCAGAAGGAGUCAUCACACAGGAGAUCUGGCUCCAGUCUCAGCAGUAGAAGUUACUCUCCAGAAGGAAGCAAGACAAGCUCCUUCCAUCAGUCUCAGUACACAAGUAAAGAGAAGUCCAUUCAGUCUUCAAAAACAUCAGGAGAUACUUCACCCUCAAGGUCUUCAGAAGUUUCUUCAUCCAAGGUAUUAGACCAACCCAGCUGGCUAACUGAGAAGGAACUGGCUGAGGAUGCAAGCAAGUGGGAUAAGGGAAAGCCAGAGAAGGCCGAUGAAAACACCUCGAUUGAUAGUUCUGAGUUUGAGACGGGAUCCACUGGACCCGUAUUUAUUGACCAGACAGAAGAACCCGAGUCGAACACAACAGAUGGCACAGAAUUGUGUAAAGACAGCCAGCUUAGCAGUCGCUCUAAAGCCAUUGCAUCAAAAACCAAAGAGAUUCAGCAGGCUUACCGACAAGACUUUGAAACUUUUGGCAUGGUAGUGAAAAUGCUAGUUGACAAAGAACCUUCAUUAGAAAAAUCGAUACAGUUUGCAUUGAGGCAGAAUUUACAAGAAAUGGGUGAACGAUGUGUUGAAGAACUCAAACGUUUCAUUACUGAGUAUGACAAUUCUACUCAAGAUUCUGGAGACCGUUUUUAG